CAGUAGCGGUCUGCUGGUGUUCUGUUGUGAAGAGAGAGGCGCACCUCCUUUUGACCGGCUGAUUGGUCGAGGGCUGAAUCUGGGCAGGACAGGAAACGGGACGCGAGCAACGCACAGCAAUCUCCGUUCUCCGGGAGAGAAUGGGAGAGGAAACCGAAAUGUGUCAAUAGGAGACUGGAAGGAUUGAAUCGGGCGAAUUAAUAAUUUGCCCUUUUGGUAAAGCGCUAGUAGUAGGCUACUGCGCUAUUCACCACCAGGACUGUGGGAUAUUUAUCUUUAGUAGGCUACUCUUACAAAUAAUUGUUGGCUGAUUUCAUAAAAGAAUUGCAGAGCUCUUCGCUUCUGGGCAUAUUGGGCAGUUUGAACAGACUGAUAGAGUACAACACUGUACCAAAGCCGACAUGGAGCAGGUAUCAGAUGAUGAGCUAGAUCAUGCUGCUGAAGAAGACAGUGAUAAGGAGGAUCAGGAUCUGGACAAGAUGUUUGGGGCCUGGUUGGGAGAACUGGACAAACUCACACAGAGUUUGGAUCAUGGGCGUCCUGAGAAAGUGCAAAAAGCUCCUCUCAGACAGGAAACAAACCUUGCCAAUUUCUCCUACCGUUUCUCUAUGUACAACAUCAAUGAAGCUAUUAACCAGGGUGAGACGGUGGACCUGGACGCUCUCAUGGCUGACCUGUGUUCAAUAGAACAAGAGCUCAGCAAACCCAUGAGCAAGACCUCAGAGGCCAAAUCUAGACAGAGACCGACAGGCCGCUCGGCCAGCACCAAACACACUGGAGGGGGCAGCAGCGGAGGAAGCACCAGCAGCAGCACCCGAGCUUCUCCCGCUUCCACCGUACGCGGUGGCUGUGGGCAGUCACGGCCCCUGGCCUCCAACUUUUCCCUGGAUGACAUCACUGCUCAGCUAGAAAAGGCAUCCCUGAGCAUGGACGAGGCAGCAAAACAGACUUCUGAAUCUUCCUCAUCGUCCUCCUCCUCAUAUUCAUCUGCCACUCUCUCACACCCGCCUUCUAACUCACAUCAUCGCCGUACAGGAUCGGUUGGCACAGUCAGCGACCAGGAAGUGCGCUCGAUCGGUCAUUCCUCCAGGUCAAGCGUCAACUCUGCCUCGGCAUCCAGCAUGGACUCUCUGGAUAUCCGAGGGCAGGAGAAUGAGGCACAGUCACAGAAUCAGAGCCAAAGCCAGACUAGCACAGAGCAUGUCUUACUGCGAAGGGCCAAUGGUAAAGCUACCAGACGCCAUCUAGACUUUGCCUCACAGGAGGGGGAGGUGGAUCAAAGGACUCACUCGUAUUUGGACAGGGAGACCUCUCUGAUUCUGAAAAACAUUGCAGGAAAACCCUCUCACCUGCUGACCAAGGACGAGCAGGCUGCCAAAGCGAAGGCUGAGAAAAUCCGUGUGGCACUAGAGAAAAUUAAAGAAGCCCAGGUGAAAAAGCUGGUGAUACGUGUACACAUGUCAGAUGAGAGUUCAAAGACCAUGAUGGUGGACGAGAGGCAGAUAGUCAGGCAGGUGCUGGAUAGUCUGCUGGAUAAAUCUCACUGCGGUUACAGUCCAGACUGGGCCCUGGUUGAGACCAUCCCUGAGCUGCAGAUGGAGAGAAUUUUUGAAGACCAUGAGAACCUUGUGGAGAACUUGCUCAACUGGACCAGAGACAGUCAGAACAAACUCAUGUUUAUUGAGCGGAUUGAAAAGUAUGCACUUUUCAAAAACCCACAGAACUAUUUACUUGGGAGGAAGGAGACCUCUGAGAUGGCAGACAGAAACAAGGAGGCACUGCUGGAGGAAUGUUUUUGUGGAAGCUCAGUGUCUGUUCCUGAAAUUGAGGGAGUGCUAUGGUUGAAGGAGGAUGGUAAAAAGUCUUGGAAGAAGCGUUACUUUCUGCUGAGGGCAUCUGGGAUCUAUUUUGUGCCUAAGGGCAAAGCCAAGGCUUCCAGGGAUUUGGUGUGCUUCCUGCAGUUGGACCAUGUUAAUGUUUAUUAUGGUCAGGACUACCGAAGCAAGUACAAGGCCCCCACUGACUACUGCCUGGCCCUUAAGCACCCUCAGAUCCAGAAGAAGUCACAAUACAUAAAAUACCUGUGCUGUGAUGAUGUCAGAACUCUACACCAAUGGGUCAAUGGGAUUCGUAUUGCCAAGUAUGGGAAGCAAUUGUAUGUGAACUACCAGGAAGCCAUGAAGCGCACUGAAGCUGCCUAUGACUGGUCUUCUCUCUCCAGCACCAGCACCAAGUCAGGAACAAGCUCAGUCAGUAUACCUGAGUCGCAGUCAAAUCACUCUAGCCAGACAGACAGUGGUAUGUCCGAUGGCACUUCAUCCUCCCAUGCCCGCUCCCAGAGUGUGGUCAGUUCAAUCUUCUCUGAGGCCUGGAAGAGAGGGACUCAGAUAGAGGAGAGCACAAAGGCAAGACCAGAAUCAAUUCGUUCUACCCAUUCAAGCCAUAGCACCCAUUCUUCUCAUCAUGUGGCCCAACAGCAGCAUCCACACCUACAGCAACAGCCAAAUGCACAUUCAAAUCCACAGUCACAAGGAAGUGUCCACCAAGCUCCAACACAGACACCACUCCAAACAUCUCCAGCCCCGCCACCCCCUCCUCCUCCUCCUCCACCUCCCCCACAACCUCCUAUUUCCAGUAUCCCCCACCAUGCUACUCCUACCAUGUUUGCCAAAUACAGCACUAUCACUCGUCUGCAGAAUGCUUCUCAGGCUGUAAGUCACCAAAAACCUCACCCUCAUAUCCAGCAGCAAGUGCCACCAGUCCCUCCAGUAUUCAAACCACAAUCAAACAAUAUUCCACCAGGGGCAAAUAUCCCACCUCCUCCUCCUCCACCUCCACCUGCCCCAAUGCCUCCACCGGGAUCAGCCAUGGCUGUUUUGAAGCUUGGUCCACCAGCCCCAGCAGCAGUUUUACAGUCAUCCCCUCUGCCCCCCUCACCACCACCACCACCACCUCCUCCUCCUCCCAUAAUCCCCAUGCAGUCACAACCUCUACCACCACCUCUUCUCAUUAAACCUACGCAGUCACAGCCUCUACCACCUCCUCCUCCCAUAAUGCCCAUGCAGUCACAACCUCUACCACCUCAUCCUCUCUUAAAACCUACGCAGUCACAGCUUCUACCACCACCACCACCUCCUCCUCUAAUGCCCAUGCAGUCACAACCAUUACCACCUCCUCCACCCAUAGUGCCAUUCCAAUCACACCCUUUACCACCUCCUCCACCCCCUCUCCAGGCUAAUGGCCUUCCCCCUCCUCCACCACUCUCUACAGUCCAGGCACCUUUCAAAGUCAAUGGACUCAAGCAGGUUCUUGCUCAAAAAUUUUCCAAUGUACCCCAGGACAUAUUUCCCCCAGCCAAUCAGACCCCCUUUCCCCCACCACCUGCACCUACACUCCCUCCUCAACAGCAUGUUGUUCCAGCUCCAAAUCCACCACCUCCACCAUCCCCAACACAGCUUCCAAUUCAAACAGCAAUUUUACCAAAAUCUUUCACUGGUGGAUUUCUAACCCAAACAGCACCCAAAACUUCCCAUGGCAUUUUUCCAGUAUCCCCAGUAGCUCCAUCACCUCAAGUUCCAGUGCCGCCACCUCCUCCUCCUCCUCCUCCUCCCCCUCCACCUCCAGCACCAUUGAAGAACCAACCCCCACCAACACUACCUAAGCAGCACAGCAUCUCUAAGACACUGCCCCUUACCAGCCAAACCUCAUCAGUGCCAUCCCUGGUUAAACAGAUUGCUAGCCAGUUUCCUCUUGCAUCUCCUGCAGUGGCCAAUCAAGCGGAGAGCCACAAAGCUCCCCAGUCCCCACCUGCAGUGAAGGCUAAACCAAAAUGGCAGCCUGUAGGUCAAGCCCAGCAGCAACAGCGGUCACCUGAGUUUCCACCACCUCCACCAGAGAAUACCCUUGCUUUUCCUUCUCCACCACCACCUCCUCUUGCUCCAGGUCCCAACACUCCUCUACCCCCUCCUCCUCCUCUGAUAUCAGGCCCUCCCCCUCCUCCUCCCCCUCCUCUUCUGAUGUCAGGCCCUGCCCCUCCUCCUCCAAUGUCUGGCCCUCCUCCUCCACCUCUGAUGUCAGGCCCUACCCCUCCCCCUCCACCUCUGAUGUCAGGCCCUACCCCUCCCCCUCCUCCUCCGAUGUCAGGCCCUACCCCUCCCCCUCCUCCUCCGAUGUCAGGCCCUACCCCUCCUCCACCGCCCCCUCCUCCUCCUCCGAUGUCAGGCCCUACCCCUCCCCCUCCUCCUCCAAUGUCAGGCCCUCUUCCACCUGCUCCUCCUCCUCCUCCUCUGAUGUCAGGCUCUCCUAUCAGAAAGUCCUCCUCUGGUUCAGCUGCAGGUGUCAAGAAACCUCCACCGACUCCUCAACGCAACCAUUACCAGGAGUCCUGCAGAAACUUGGUGAGCAAGUUUAACCCUAGUUCUGCUUCUUUAUCAACCUCCAGCAUCUCACACUCCAAAGAGCUUUCUACAGGUCCACGCACACCCCCCAAACCAGGGAAGCUCAAUCUGGCAAAUCUUCCUUUGGCUUUGCAGACCAAAUUUAAUCAGAACCGCCAAUCAACUGCAGACUUCCCAUCUCCUCCACCCCAAGAGAAUGAAUUCUUCCCUCCUCCCCCACUGGAAUCUGACCUCCCUCCACCACCGCCCCUUCCAGGUGAUCCAAAUGGUGUGUCUCCAAAAAUAGCUGUGGUCAAUCCACAACCCCAGCCUGCCUGGGGAAAGAGUUCCCUGAAGAAGUCGCAACCUCCAGCAUCACUUCGCUGUAACAACUCGAUUAGAGAGUCUCCACCCCUCUCACCACCUUCUAUACAAGCGGGCCCUAUUCGGCCAUCUUCUCCCAAAGGCACCACGCAACCCAACUUCUUGCAGGACCUAAACAAGACACUGAAACGCAAGUCUUCGCGAGUCUUGGGAGACAAAGUGGACCCUGUGGCCACAAUGGAUGACAUGGCUUUGCCACCACCUCCCCCUGAAGUUCUGCAUGACCAACAGAGGCACAGUGGGAGUGGCUUCAUGUCCGGGAAUAUCUCAGGCUAUGCAACACUACGGAGAGGGCCGCCUCCAGCCCCACCCAAGCGGGACCACAGCACCAAACUAACAAACUGAUACAACUUCAACUUUUCUUGGACUCUCUUUCUUGCUAAUUUCAUAUCUGUCAUAGUUGUAGAGGGGAAGCCAUCAUUUUGUUGAUUAUGCUCAGCUUGUUCUGUACAAAACGACUCUGUAAAGCUGAAACUUCUUGUGACUUUGUGACAAUGCAUCAGUUUCAGUUUCAAACAACUAAGUGAUUCCACUUCAACACCUUGAUACUGCAUGGAAGACAAAACUGCAUAAUAUAAAAUAAUCUUAUUGAUUUUUGGGAAGACAAAUGUUUUCAACUUUGGGGUUGGGUGGGAUUUUUAAUUUUGAGUUUAUAUUCUUUUUAUAUUAUUAUUUAAUAAUCUGAAGAGAUUUUGUUAUUUUACACUGCAUUUUUUAAAAUAAUUGUAUAGCUAUUUUUGUUUGAGGAUUAUUAGAUGUAUAGGUCGAUGUAGACUGUGUGGUUGGUUGAUAUAUUAGUUCGGCACGACGUUUACCAAUUGUAUGGCAGAUCCAGUGCUCAGUGGAUACAUCUAGCAUCUAUUCUGAUCACUAUUAUUCUUUGAGCCACUUUAAGUGCAUUUUAAAUGUAAUUGUCAAAAUUGUAACAUGAAGGAGGAGUUGUUCAGGGAGUUGCCUCAAUGUCUAGUUUUGUGAGACUGUGGAAUGUUUGCUUUUUUUUUUAAUGAGACCUGUUUUAAAAUGUUGAUAUUCUCACUUGCUGCAGUAUCUUUGUCUAGGUAAAACAAAUGACUGCCUUGCUGUUCCUUGUUAGACCUUACUUCCUCUGGUGAACGUUCAAGCUGACUUUUACAAAUUGUUCACCUAUGAAGAGAUGGACUUUUAAGUCAUGUGACUGAAUGACACAAUCAUUAUUCACAUAGUUUUAUCUUAUAUCCUGUAUUAUAACCUGUAUUAUUGGGUCAUGAAUACAGCCAUGCCUUAAAAGUUUCUAUAACAUGUGUAUCAAACAACCUAUCAAAAUAUUAUCACCUUACAAGAAAAGACCAUUUUAUUACAUAAAAGUUACAUUUUCCUGUUGAUUUGAUCAAAGGAUUCUGGCUGAUUUUCCCCAUUCAGACAUUAUAUGCAGCUUCAGAAUCUUACACUACCAAUCUAUAAUGGUUUUUAUAAGAGCCACAUGGCAUAUGUUCAAACUAGUAUGCAUAUUAUCUCAUGUCCACAUUUCUUUUUGAAGAAUUUGUUUAUUGAAUGUAUUUACAAUAUCAUGAAACUUUUCAGGCUGUUGAGAAGUGACUAAAUUAAGUUAAUAUUAAAUUAUUAUAGUAUCCGGUCUUGAUCCAUUUAAGGUCUAUGAACAUCAUGCUCUGCAUAUCUCUUUGCAAAAUGUGUAAUUUAAAAUGAAAUUAUACAUAUUGAUA